GCUGCUACUUCUGCUGGGAGGCUGUUCUCAUGCUUGUGAACUUUACCCUGCAUAGAAUGUGAAGCAUUAUUCGGAGGAUCUGGGGCUCUGCCAGAAUGUUUCCUAUGUGCAGGGGGGAGUGAUUUCUAUAGGGAAGUACCUCUGUAUACAGUGCAUUCUUGCUCUUGAACGGAGCUGAGCUCCCUCCUUGUUAUUUACCGAGAAAGGAAGGGGAGGAGAGACGACUCUAUUGCUUUGUCCAGCUGUCCCCUGUUUAUGCUGAUCGGUGUCAGCUACAUUAACCGAACUGCAGCCGUCUCAGCAACAGCCCUGCUCUGUUACCCCCGAUACCCUUCAAACCCACGGAGAUCAUGGAGCUGUGGGCUGCUCUUACAUGGGCUCUACUGCUUCUCCUCAGCCUGACCGUGAUCUGCUUUCUGGUCUUUUGCGGAUACAUCCAGUACGUUCACAUGAAGUAUGACCAUAUCCCAGGUCCCCCCAGAGACAGUUUCCUGUUUGGACAUUCCCCCACAAUAAUGAAGCUGAUGAAGAACAACGACCUGAUCUAUGACCAGUUUAUAGAUUGGGUGAAGAUGUACGGUCCGAUAAUACGGAUUAAUGGGUUACACAAGGUGUUGGUACUGGCCAUUAGCCCAGAAGGAGUGAAGGAAUUUUUGAUGUCAACAAAGUACUCCAAGGAUGAUUUCUACGACCGCGUCGCUAAUAUAUUUGGGGUGCGGUUUAUGGGAAAUGGUUUAGUGACAGAUCGAGACCAUGAUCAUUGGCAUAAACAGAGGAGAGUUAUGGACCCUGCGUUCAGCCGAACUUACCUGAUCGAUUUAAUGGGGCCUUUUAAUGAAAAAGCUGAGGACCUGAUGACAGCAUUGUCAGGAAAAGCCAAUGGAAAACAAGAGGUUAAAAUUCACGACAUGAUGAGUAGGGUGACGCUGGAUGUCAUCGCCAAGGUUGCUUUUGGGAUGGAGCUGAACUCCCUAGAAGACGAUGAGACCCCCUUUCCCCAGGCGAUCUCAACGGUUAUGCGAGGCUUGGUAGAAACACGCAAUCCUCUGGCAAAGUAUUUGCCGGGAAAGCGAGCCUUUAUCCGAAAAGUCCAUCAAAGUGUCAAGCUUCUCCGCCAAACAGGAAAAGAGUGUAUUGAAAGAAGACAGAGGGCCAUAGAGGAAGGAGAGGAGGUUCCCGUAGAUAUUCUCACCCAGAUACUCAAGAGCGCAGCCUUGGAAGAAGAGUGUGACCCAGAAAGUUUGGUGGAUAACUUUGUGACGUUCUUCAUUGCAGGCCAAGAAACUACUGCUAACCAGUUAUCAUUCGCCGUGAUGGAGCUGGCGAAGAAUCCCCACAUACUGGAAAAGGUCCAGGCUGAAGUGGAUGAGAUUAUAGGCUCAAAAAGAGAUCUAGACUAUGACGACCUUGGGAAAUUGUCAUACCUGUCACAGGUAUUGAAGGAGACUUUGCGCCUCUACCCAACAGCCCCGGGAACUUCACGAGCACUCCGCGAGGAGAUGGUGCUGGAAGGAGUACGGAUCCCCCCUAACACCACUUUAAUGUUUAACUCUUAUGUCAUGGGAAGAAUGGAGGAAUACUACAAGGACCCUCUCACUUUCAAUCCAGACAGAUUUCACCCAGAUGCCCCCAAGCCUUACUAUACAUAUUUUCCAUUUUCUCUGGGUCAUCGAUCCUGUAUUGGACAGGUGUUUGCACAGAUGGAGGCGAAGGUGGUGAUGGCCAAAUUCCUUCAGAGGUUUGAUUUUGAGUUGGUCGAAGGACAAAGCUUUAAGAUAUUAGAUACCGGAUCCCUCCGACCCUUAGAUGGGGUGAUAUGCAGAAUGAGAACCCGGACACAUUAAAACUGUCACAAGAACGAGAUUUAAAAUUUCCCAGAAUAUGGAUUGUAGACACUAAAACUGAAUUUAUAUUAUAAGGUUUGGGGCGAUAGCAGCCAACAAAUGAGUUUCUCUGGUCAAUGCCUGGCUGUAUUUGUAUUUUGUAGCACAAGCAAAACCAUUAUCAAUAGAGAUCAGCUUUUACGCAUUAACCACAUUAUAAUUAUAAAGUAAAAUGAGUAUUUUGUUAAUUGUACUUUUAUAAUAAACUAUAAUAGAACUUUUAUAAAACUUUCGUAAAAAAUGUUUGAAGAGAUUGACGCCGUAGCUAUUAGCAAACGGAGGAGCAAGACUUUGAGAUAUUUGUUGGAUCGUAGAAAGAUGUUGUGUGAAGAAUUUAACGCGUAAUCUCACCUAUCAAUAUUUUACGUCUGAAAAAAGAAAAUGCUCUUCUUGGCGGGACCUCAAAUAAACCUUGCGUCUGAAUUCUGAUUUCACAUUUAAUUGUGAAUGUGUUACUAAGCAUCUACAGACAUUAAAAAUCUGAAUGAUAAGGAAAA